GACCCUUUCGUUGACGGAUGGGAAACCAAUAGCCGACGUAGAAUCCGGAGAUGUCUCGGGAGAUGAGUUUGAAGUCAAGACAGAUCAUGAGGUGGUCAAUACAGCAUCAGUUCUCCAGGAGGAGGUGGCUAGACUUAAGACUGAGUUCAAUUCUAAAUUCUCCGAGGUAGCGGACACGUAUAACAUUAAGUCACCAAUCAAUAGCAUAUCUGAUGGAUGCUUCCAUGUCAACUUCGAUAAGUCCAAAUGCUUGAAACGGAUCGUCACUGGUAUUCAGCAGUAUGUGAAGCGUAUGCAACAUGUCAAGGAGGAUUUCCAGUCCACUCUUGUUGAUGGCAUCAUCCACAGGACCAGCGACCUGCAAAACCUCGUCAAGAAAGUGAGACCCAAGGACCGGGCCGACGAUGACACAACAGUUUCUGAGGAGGUUCUCCCGAAAGUUGACUCGUGGGAAAGGAAGAAGGCAACGAAAGCUAUCCUGCGCAGCUUUGACCAGUUUCUCAUUGACGCUCAUCGAGCUCUUCGCCACAUUACCCGGAGCAAGAAGUUUGAGAGAAGACAUCAGCUACCUCAAGAGUCGACACCUUUAAAUUAACUUGAAAUGUCCUGUUUGUUUUAUUUAUUUAUUUUAACCCUGGGUUGGGUACUCAGUAGCCUAAAUAUUUAUUUGGUUAUUUAUUCGAUAAAUUAUUGCAUUGUAUUAUUAUAUUGUAUUGUAUGUAUUUUUCUAUUCAGGGAACUUAUAAGUAAUAAAUU